AUGCUGCAGACGGCUCUUUGCUACAUCAAGGCCAUACGCGAGGAGAUAAUCAAGCUUGCUGCUUUUGAGGCUGCCGGAUGUGGCCGACGCGAUCCGGACCAAAAGCUCAUCGAUCUCGCUGCUGAUGGCGGCAAUGUUGAAAGGGACUUUGGACCUGCCAACCCGCCCUACGGCCCCUACCAGACUCCGCACCGGGGGUUGACUCCGUCCGUGGACUAUCGCCUACGUCACUGGUUUAUUCAGGGCAGUCGCAUUGGCCCCUUGACCUCAGCGCCUUCACUAGACCCUCCGUCGCCGUUGCUCAACCCGCGGUGUACGUUCAUCGCCGCGCUCGUCCUUGCAAGUAAGUUCUUGCACGACACACGCUACUCCAACCGCCCAUGGGCCACGCUGGCGGCGCUUCAUCCUCGGGAGCUCGGGCGCUGCGAGCGAGCCCUCUGCGACGCCCUCGAUUGGCGCCUAUGGGUUGGCAAACCUCUUGCACAAUCAACCAUGCGUCUCUGGGAUGUGUCGCCAUAG